AUGGGCAAAAAUAAAGAAUAACAAACAAUCACCAAUAAAGAUAUUAAUGAUAUUUUCAAAUCUAUUUAAAAACAAAAUAAUAUUAAGAAGAAUAAAUCUGAAUAAUCCUAAAAUAAAUCAACCAAUCAAGAUUAAAAAAUUGUUAAAUCAUAAAAUACUCAACCAGUUCAAAAUAAUAAAAUAUUACCAAAAAAAACUAAACAUACCAAUAUAUAAUAAUAAAGUAAACCUAAAUAUACAGAAGAAGGUUAUAAAGUAUAUAAUACUGAUGAAUUAAAAAUUGGGAAAGGUGGUAAUACUGAUAAAUGUCCCUUUGAUUGUGAGUGUUGCUUUUGA